AUACAUUUGAAGGUCAAACAGUCACAACAAAUGCACAUAGAUAACCUUACACGCGCAUUCAAACGUUGUUUAAAACUGAAAAUACAAAUCCAAAUAAUUAGUCGUUCAAGCAUGUAACACAUCGUUAAUCAACCGCAACAGCUGCUUUUUCGCUUACCAGUUCCUAUAUUGUUCUGCAAUUUUAGUUUAAUGCCGCAUUCACAAUGUAUUUGUACUUAAAUUUGCACCACAUAUUACUCUUGUUUUUCAUUACUGUUAAUAACGCAUAUGCAAACUGCGGUUGUGAUUUAAACAGAGAAUCAAAAUGUUUAUCCGGAGAAGACACCGAAAAAAUCUCUACACAAGAGAUGAAUGAGGCACAAGCACACCAGUUGCUGGACACAAACAAAAUGGUGUUGAUACCAAGUGGAACAUUUGAGAUGGGUACUGAUAAGCCCGUCUUUGAAUCGGAUUUUGAAGGUCCCGUGAGGAAUGUUACUAUUGGAGCGUUUUAUCUAGAUAAAUAUGAAGUAUCUAAUGAGGAGUUUGCACAAUUUGUGCAGCAAACUGGGCAUAAAUCGGAAGCAGAAGUGUUUGGAGAUAGUUUCAUCUUUGAACAGCAUAUACCAAAAGAUGAGCAGUGGAAAUAUGAAGAUUAUAGAGCUGUGCAAGCACCAUGGUGGAUUAAAAUGGAUAAAGUUGAUUGGCAGCAUCCAGAAGGUCCACAAAGUGAUCUAAAAAACAGAAUGGACCAUCCUGUUAUACAUGUGUCAUGGAAUGAUGCAGUGGCUUUUUGUAAAUUCAAAGGAAAACGCCUGCCUACUGAAGCUGAAUGGGAAUAUAGUUGCAGAGCUGGGUUGAAACAAAAGUUGUAUCCAUGGGGGAAUUUGUUAAAUGCAAAAGGACAACAUUGGGCCAACAUCUGGCAGGGUAAUUUCCCGCUGGAAAACACCGCAGAGGAUGGUUUUGAAGCUACAAGUCCAGUUGAUUCCUUCCCGGCGAAUAAAUUCGGCCUUUAUAACAUGGCUGGCAAUGUCUGGGAGUGGACACAAGACAAUUGGCUUGGUUCUGAGGAUUUAAAAGUAAAGAAAGGAGGAUCAUACCUCUGUCAUGAGAGCUACUGCUGGCGAUACCGAUGUGCUGCUAGGUCGCAAAACUCCAAGGACACCACCUCCAGUAAUCUGGGCAUCCGAUGCGCAGCAAACGUGCCGACUUAAAACACGCGUACUUAAGACAAAACAAAAACUAGUAAUACCAAUCCUGCCGAAACGUCUUCCACAAAGAGAUUAAUUAUUAAUUAUUCCUACACAUGUAAGCAGAAUUAAUAAUAAUAUAUAAACAUGAA